AUGCAAACAUCAGGAAUGAUGAUGAGUGUUGGUCCUAGAACUCUCUCUAACUAUCACAAAGACCCUCUUUGUCAUAUAACUAAGCUUUCUCUUUUUCCUCGCCGUUUGCUUCAGAACCAAACUCUUUCUCGAAAACAUACAAAACAAGAUUCGUUCUAUGUAACGGCUACUAGUGGUGAUCUUGAGAGUACUCGUCCCUUGGCUCAGUUUACUCCCACUUUGCUAGGAGAUCACGUCUUCUCUGUCCCCCUUGACGGUUCUGAGUUCGAUGCAAUUGAACAUGAUAUUGAAUCGGUUAUGAAGCCAUACGUGCGAGACAUGCUCAUGUCUCCCUACACCUGUGACAAGGAGAAGAUUCCUCUCAUUCACUUGCUUAUCAGUCUAGGGAUCUCACAUAAUUUCGAAGAGGAUUAA